CUUUUUUCAAAUAAACACAUAGAACGGGCGACGAAGUUCGUCUAAGCAUCAGUUCGUAUCAAGCAAGCAAGAGGGAACACAACCAUGCAAAGCCAAUGAACAACGCUCAUUGACUGCAAACAAAUGCAUGUUGCACUGCACAGACACGAACAAGCGUGAGACAUGCACCACGAUAAACACACAAAACACAAAACACAACAUCCAGAUCCAGCCAGCCGCCUCACAGCCCCGGAGCGGGGCUGGUGUGUGGCCUAUACGGCCGCGGCUGACGAAGUCCUCGGGAAACGCACUGGCCCUCCGUGGCCCUCUGGCGGCCGCAGCACCUUGCGCACGACUCGCCCACUUGGAAUGCGUUGUGCUUCAUCAGCUCAACGGACAGGAGUAGACAGGAGCUGACUCCAAUGGUUGAUGACGCUCUCUCGGAAAGCUCCGUCCUCUAGGGGGGGAUGGAGGUAGAGCGGGGCUUCCGCUUGACGAACGUCUUGAGAAAGUCCACCGUCUUCUCUCCCCACCUGCCGAAUGUCUCCGCAGCGAGAGGCACAAAGCGGAAGCCAGCUGCUUGGGUGGUUGGUCCAUACUGAUCGAUAUUGUCUUUCUCCGCAAGUUGCGCCGUCUUGCCACUUGGAAGUUUUGCGCUACGUCGGUUGAGUGUUCGGUGGGAGGGGUUGGGGGAGUCGUCAGGCUUGCAGGGGUGGGCGAUGGCGACAUCGAGCAGGUAGUCAUGGCCGUCGAUCACACAGUAGAUGUGUAUGCGCUGGCUGUUGGGGUUGUCGUCGGGCGGGCUGACGCCGAGGCUCUGCACAGGCACCUCCACAUUGGAGGGAACAUCUGCCUCAGCCAGGAUGGCGAACAAACAAGUUGCGCAUAUUGUUGUGUCUCAUGACCCGCUCAUCGAAGCCCAGUGCUCUCUUCGCGGCCCCCAAAAAAUCGCCAAAGCGAAGCAAACACAGCCAAACGAACGAAUUCACCCCUCCCCCCAAUGUGUGACAUUUCGCCUAGAUUUUUUAAACAGCAACAAAGCAAGUUGUCCAUGACGGUUGAGCGUCAACAUUUGUAUCAUGCACAUGCUCGCUAAUGCAUUAAGCAUGGCUACUCAUGCAGGAGCAGACAUUCGGCGUCUCGCUUGAAUGCUCGCGAGUGUCGGUUGAUGAACGCGAUAAUCCCUUGCUCCGUUCGAUCGCCCUGAUACACAAUGGGGUUGUCUUUAUUGUACGCCGGGUAGAACAUAAAGAAAGGAAUGAGCGUGUGGCUUUGAGAUUCUUUGUUCUGCUCGCGAAUAGCGUCAAAAUACCCCAUGACAAACUGAUCUGACAAGUAAAUCUGACACACAAGAAGGUGAGGUCUUCUGACGUCUCCACUUUCUUCUACCUGAUCCUUGAAGUGCUUGGAUACAUCGCGGUAAAUGGGCAUAAGCUUGUCGCACUCUUUACAAUUCGGAUGACCUUUUCGGCAUUCGAAAGAAGGUGUCCAUUCGUGUGCACGGAGAUAUAGGAAAGCCUACCGAUAGAUGUGAAGAGUACUAGGACGUCCUUUUCCUGCGAAUAGGCCGUUUUGGUGAAAUUAGUGUUCGUCAAAAGCUGGGAAAAGAGUGCACAGAUAGGUGCCAGUGUUGACUCCUCUCUGUUUAUUCCUACGGUGGUGAAGUCUUCUCUGCCAUUUCCUUUGAGUUGUCCCUUUUGCCACUUAUACACCCAAUCGACCAGCUCACCGGGAGUCCAUGAGAAGGCUAGCGAGCUGGCGGCGUGACCUUUCGAAGAAGUCUCACCCUGAUAAGCUCCACCUGGCGAGCAGCGCUUGCAGAACACGUACUGCAACGAGUCAGGCGAACCAUAUUCGAGCAAACCUGGGGAAAAAAAGGAGCUGUGCUCAGAUCGGUCAGCAAGAUAUCGGCUGAUGAUACCGAUAAAUGGCAUGUCUUCAUCGCUAAUGCCGAAGUCGCGGAAGAGCUGCCUCUGCAUGUCCUUGGUAUGAGAGUCGGUACUUGUCGAGUCUUCGACCGUUGACAUAUCAUCGAGUCCACAACCCUCUCCGGCCAUCUGUAGUGGACAUGUCAUAGCAGGACAUGAGUGUGAGAGUCGGAGAGUCUGAGACCUAUGGACUUACGACGAAUGCCAAUUCAGGCUGACGUCUCUUCCUCUGUUUCUUCUGGAGAUACAUCCGCGCUGCCUCUGUAAACUGUAUCCGAGGUACAUUGGAAGUGCGAUCAAAAGCACAAAUGAAGACCUUUCCUCAUUGCGCUCACUUGUUGUACGUGAGGCCCUUGGCUGGACUGAGAACGAUCCGCAAAUAGAACAACAAUGCCCUUAGCGCCUGGACAAAUACAUGCAGUACAGUAUGUGGUGUUUGAAGGGACUUAUCAACCGCGUUGCUUGGUUUCGUCCUGGAAAAAGUCAACGUAGGGCAAGACCGUAGGGACCGAAGCGGCCCUAAUCCAUCCAGUCAGAUGAUCCCAUCCUGUACAGCAAAUGGCCAGCGGAAUCUGUGGUCAAAUUCUUGUUCUUGACGCCCAUUCAGACCGUUUUGACAAUACUGCUGAACGUCAUUGCUAUCCGACAGACCGCUAUCUUGUGGCUGGGCGACAGAGCAUCCUGUUGACACAGAUCCAAUACCAGUGAAAAGGAUUUGGAAUGUAUCAGCCAUUUACCCACCGUCUGCAGUCACUGGAAAAACUGUGACGGUCUCCUCGUACUGACACCAGCGCGCGUUGCGAUACAACUCGACGCGAGGUCGACCUUUCUGCUCAGACAGAGUUUGUGAACACCCUUCCUCUUUAUAGCUACUGCAGUGAGCAUACGGGAUCAUCGUCGGGACCCACGUAAACGACGAAUCUGCACCAAAUAUCCGCAUGCACAGAACUUCGUCAAAUGGGCCGGGCCUAUCUGUGGGUUGCUACUAGAGAGCUUACGGAAUUGCCUUCAGAAGUCCGUCUCUGUACAUGUGGGCAGCGUUGAGAAAGUGAUGCAUCUCCGGUACAUCAGGUAAGGCGGUGGUAGCCUGCAAGUAUCACAUACUGUCAGUGAAUCCUCGUUCACUAUCUGGACUGUACUUACCUCAUCCCUCGGGAUGGAAAAUCUGCUGUAUAGUACCGAGGUGUCAAAUGCAUUGGUAUUCUCCACUUCCCCAUCCCCAUCGAGAUCGAAGAAGCACACCACACUUACAUCGUUCGAAUCGAUGAAUUGCUCUAGGAUUCGUCUUUCGGAGAUGAUAUCUGCCGGAGGCUUGGUGACGUGUUGGGUGAGCCAUGACAAGAUGUCUUCUGCCCGCUUCGUUUGUUGAGCAUAGGUGAGGGCAUGGCCGUGACGAUACAAUCGGAGAGUGGGCCAGAACUGCAUGGUGUCAAGGAAUCAGAGAAUAUGAGGGAGCAAGGCAUUCACAUAGCAGCACCCUUAUGGCGAGUUCGUCCGUGUGGUUUGAGGCAUCUGCGUACAAAGCACCACGAGUUGAAGACUUUGUACCUGCGUUCGAUCAGUAUGCAUCUUACCCAUGACUGCGAAGUGUACAUCCAGGGGCUCGUCUGUCGCAGAAUUGUUUCCACUUGCCAGCUCCGCGGUCUUUUCGAACAAUGGCAUGAACUAACGAAAAGCAGGGGUUUGUAACAUUGGUUGACCUCCUCACCUUGUUACCUUAUUCGACAGUGGGUGCUCAGGGUUGUGGAGCAUGACGAAAGCAAACGAAUGAGAAACGAUGGCUUCGCUGAAGGCACGGAGAUCCACAUUUCUAAGUGGGUGUCCUCCUGGAAGGCCGAAACCGAAAGACAGGAACAGAAAGACCACGAGCGCAUGGGAGUUCAUCC